AUGUUCGAAAUUUUGUUUGCAAAUUGGGCUCCUGCAUGUAGGGUGCUGACCGAUAAUGUGACAGAGUGGUGGACACUUUUCUUUUUGCUCUACCGAUGUCUCGUAGGCUUUGCCGUGUUGAAGGUGGUGAAUGCAGUGUUUGUCCAAAGCACGCUCAAAGUUGCACACGCAGAUGAAGAGCUUCAGUUCGAAGCCAAGCAGAAGGCACAGCGGAACCUCAUGAAUAAGUUGCAGAACAUGUUCUUGGCUUUGGACACCUCAGGUGACGGGCUCCUCAGUUGGGAGGAGUUCAACGAGGCGAUCUCCAGUCCGAAGAUGGCAUUCUGGAUGAGCCAGCUUGAGCUUGAGUCUUCAGACCUCAAGAGUUUGUUCACUUUGCUGGAUGGUGGCGAUGGGCUGAUCUCUGUGAAUGAAUUCAUGGAGGGGGCCACUCGACUUCGAGGUCCAGCGAAAAGCAUCGACGUGGCCAAGCUCCUGAUGCUUUGUACGAAAACCGAGAAGACGCUGAAGGGGAUUGUUCGCGCAGUGAAGCCGCUAGUGGAUAAUGAAGGAGGCAGCCAGGCCGGCUCAGCGUUUGGUCCUGGCUUGCUUCGAAGAGGGACAUUGGGCACCCUCGGCUCGAGGUUGUUGAAUGUGUUUGGCCAAGUUGGCAGCUUGGCCCCUUGGGCCGCCUCACUAGUCUUUUCGGAGAAGGCGGUCAUACGCGAGAUCGGUGGCAAGUUCUACUUCAUGUUCCAGGUUUGCGAGUCGAAGAAGCACCAGCUUGUGGAAGCAAAGGUUCGCUGCUAUGCGUUGUGCACCGGCCUGGCAGGCGAUCAAAGCCCAUCAGGUAUGGUUGCCACUCCGCCUUCCACUCAUGCCACGACUGAGCAGGACGCCGGGCACAAGACAGCACAGGGGAUGUGUACCGGGAUCACCAAGGGCGACAGGUUGCUGGCAGGAUAUGCGGGGACCGCUGAGCGGAUACAUGUCUACAUGUACGCCUUGGUCAAAGCCGUCUACGUGCAGAUCCGCUUGAGAACUUGA